GUAGUGUAGCUCGAGAGAGUCUCUCGGGAGGCUGGAUUAGCCACAAGUUGUGGUGAACCAGGGUAAAAUUCGGUGUGCCUUUUUACUCUUCUCUUUACUUCUCUUUUAAUUUCUUAAUUUCCUGCGAUUUCUCCGAUCAAACGCUAUUCACCCCCCCUCUAGCGUUGGUCACUUAUUCUAACAAUUGGUAUCAGAGCCUAACUCGCGUCCAAACUUAACCGUUUGAGAGUAAAGCGAUCAUGGGUUCUUCUUCUAGAAAUCUUUAUGCAGGAAUUGGAGAAGGUCAAUCAACCUCGAGGCCACUGCUCUUUGAUGGCACCAACUACACAUAUUGGAAAGAGCGGAUGAGAAUUUAUAUCCGCUCAACCAACUUUCAGUUGUGGUUGGUCAUCAAGAAUGGCGAGGAAAUUCCAAUGAAGAAGGUCGAUGAAAUACUCGUCCCAAAGACCGAGGAUGAAUUUGAUGCCGAAGACAUCAAAAAGGUGGAGAACUACGCCAAGGCAAUCAACAUGCUGUAUUGUGCGGUCAAUCCUGAUGAUCAUCGUAAGAUUUCUUGCUGCACCACUGCCAAAGAAAUGUGGGACAAGCUAGAGGUCACAUAUGAAGGUACGGACCAAGUUCGGGAAGCCAAAAUUGACUUCCUAACGCAGGAGUACGAGAUGUUCAGGAUGAAGGAAGGAGAAAAGAUCGAUGACAUGUUCGAUCGGUUUUCAAAAAUCAUCAACGACCUGCACGCUCUCAAGAAGACGUACACCAAAAGGGAUCUCGUGAGGAAAAUCCUGCGAAGCCUCACACCCGAAUGGAGAUCAAAGGCAGAUGCAAUUUAUGAAUCCAUCGGAGUCUCAAAUGUCACCAUCGACGGGCUAAGAGGUAAUCUCAAAACUUAUGAAUCUACUAUCCUAACCCCGUCUUUGGAUGAACAAAAGAAGAAAGGUAUAGCGCUGAAAGCAACCAAGGAGUCCGUGGAAGAAGACUCAAGCGAUGAUGACAACGAGUUCGGACUCGUCAUCAAGAAAUUCCACAAAUUCAUGAAGAAAGAAUUUGA